AUGGGAGACAUAUUGUUAAAGCCACUUAUUCAGUUCGCCGGAACGGACGUCUCCUCAUGGUUCGACGAAAAGACAGGCGAUGUUCGAUAUCUAGUGGAUCCUAUCACCAACUGUAAAACACCAUAUGUUCCAUUCGGCCGGUUUGUACACAUACCGCCGAACUACCCAACUACCGAUUGGUGCAACAACUUUGGAACGCCUUGGUGGAAAAAUGAAAAGUAUCAGAUUGGGUUACUCAGCAAAGAUGUCCGCCUAAUUAAGAUAAUAAAUACGCUUACUCUGCAUGAGGACACAAUUGAGGCAAGUGCUCAAACCGUUGCUUUACUCCUGACCAAUCAUCAAAUACGUUUAUACAAAAUACCCGCAUACAUUAGCUAUUUUAUCGUCUUACGCACAAUGAAACCCCCCCUAUGA